AUGAUCAUUGAAAAACUGUUUUCUUUUUAUUUUUUAGAUUAUUUCUCUUUAUUCAGAAGCAUAGAGUUGUUUGCUGUUUGCAAGAAGAUGUUUCUUUGGCUCUUUCUGAUUGUGUCAGCCCUGAUUUCUUCAACAAAUGCAGAUUCUGACAUAUCAGUGGAAAUUUGCAAUGUGUGCUCCUGCGUGUCAGUAGAGAAUGUGCUCUAUGUCAAUUGUGAGAAGGUUUCAGUCUACAGACCAAACCAGCUUAAACCACCUUGGUCUAAUUUUUAUCACCUCAAUUUCCAAAACAAUUUUUUAAAUAUCCUCUAUCCAAAUACAUUCGUAAACUUUUCACAUGCGGUAUCUCUGCAUCUGGGAAAUAAUAAGCUGCAGAACAUUGAGGGAGGAGCCUUUCUCGGGCUCAGUGCAUUAAAGCAGUUGCACUUGAACAACAAUGAAUUAAAGAUUCUCCGAGCUGACACUUUCCUUGGCAUAGAGAACUUGGAGUAUCUCCAGGCUGACUACAAUUUAAUCAAGUAUAUUGAACGAGGAGCCUUCAAUAAGCUCCACAAACUGAAAGUUCUCAUUCUUAAUGACAAUCUGAUUUCAUUCCUUCCUGAUAAUAUUUUUCGAUUCGCAUCUUUAACCCAUCUGGAUAUACGAGGAAACAGAAUCCAGAAACUCCCCUAUAUUGGAGUUCUGGAACACAUUGGCCGGGUUGUUGAAUUGCAGCUGGAAGAUAACCCUUGGAACUGUAGCUGUGAUUUGUUGCCUCUAAAGGCUUGGUUGGAGAAUAUGCCAUAUAAUAUUUACAUAGGAGAAGCUAUCUGUGAAACUCCCAGUGACUUAUAUGGGAGGCUUUUAAAGGAAACCAACAAACAAGAAUUAUGCCCCAUGGGCACAGGAAGUGAUUUUGACGUUCGCAUUCUGCCUCCAUCUCAACUGGAAAAUGGCUACACCACUCCCAAUGGUCACACUACUCAAACAACCUUGCACAGAUUAGUGACCAAACCACCCAAAACAACAAAUCCUUCCAAAAUCUCUGGAAUAGUGGCAGGCAAAGCCCUCUCCAACCGAAAUCUCAGUCAAAUUGUGUCAUACCAAACGAGAGUGCCUCCUCUUACACCUUGCCCAGCACCUUGCUUUUGCAAAACACAUCCUUCUGAUUUGGGGCUGAGUGUAAAUUGCCAAGAGAAAAAUAUACAAUCCAUGUCUGAACUGAUACCAAAACCUUUAAAUGCCAAGAAGUUGCAUGUCAAUGGCAAUAACAUCAAAGAUGUGGACAUUUCAGACUUCACUGAGUUUGAAGGAUUGGAUUUGCUCCAUUUAGGCAGCAAUCAGAUUACGGUGAUCAAAGGAGAAGUGUUCCGCAAUCUGACCAAUCUACGCAGGCUUUAUCUCAAUGGAAAUCAGAUCGAAAGGCUGGACCCUGAAAUAUUUUCAGGUCUUCAUAACCUGCAGUAUCUGUAUUUGGAAUACAAUUUGAUUAAGGAAAUCUUAGCAGGCACCUUUGACUCCAUGCCCAAUUUGCAGCUUCUCUACUUGAACAAUAAUCUCUUAAAGAGCCUUCCAGUUUACAUUUUUUCUGGAGCACCUCUUGCUAGACUGAACCUGAGGAACAACAAAUUCAUGUACCUACCUGUCAGUGGAGUCCUCGAUCAGUUGCAGUCUCUCACACAAAUUGAUUUGGAGGGAAACCCUUGGGACUGCACUUGUGACUUGGUAGCGUUAAAGCUGUGGCUGGAGAAGUUAAAUGAUGGGAUUGUUGUGAAAGAACUGAAAUGUGAGACUCCUGUUCAGUUUGCCAACAUAGAACUGAAGUCCCUCAAAAAUGAAAUCUUAUGUCCUAAACUCCUAAACAAGCCAUCUGCACCGUUCACAAGCCCUGCACCUGCAAUUGCGUUCACCACUCCGUUGGGUCCCAUUCGAAGCCCUCCUGGGGGCCCAGUGCCUCUGUCUAUUUUAAUCUUAAGUAUCUUGGUGGUCCUCAUUUUAACUGUCUUUGUUGCAUUUUGCCUUCUUGUUUUUGUGCUGAGACGCAACAAGAAACCCACAGUGAAGCAUGAAGGUUUGGGGAACCCUGAGUGUGGCUCCAUGCAGCUGCAACUAAGGAAGCAUGACCACAAAACCAAUAAAAAAGAUGGACUGAGCACAGAAGCAUUCAUUCCACAAACCAUAGAACAGAUGAGCAAGAGUCACACCUGUGGCCUGAAAGAAUCUGAAACUGGGUUCAUGUUUUCAGAUCCUCCAGGACAGAAGGUCAUGAUGAGAAAUGCUGCCGACAAAGACAAAGAUUUACUGCAUGUAGAUACCAGGAAGAGAUUGAGCACAAUUGAUGAGCUGGAUGAACUAUUCCCUAGCAGAGAUUCCAACGUGUUUAUUCAGAAUUUUCUUGAAAGCAAAAAGGAGUAUAACAGCAUUGGUGUCAGUGGCUUUGAAAUUCGCUAUCCAGAAAAACAACAAGAUAAAAAAAACAAGAAGUCACUGAUAGGUGGUAACCACAGUAAAAUUGUUGUGGAACAAAGGAAGAGUGAGUAUUUUGAACUGAAGGCAAAACUUCAGAGUUCUCCUGACUACCUACAGGUCCUUGAGGAGCAAACAGCUUUGAACAAGAUAUAG